AUGUAUAUCAAUUUCGCCCACUGUAUCAUCCCGAAAAUCUCGGCCGUUUGCUCGGUUUUGGUUAAUCCAUUCACAGUUUAUAUUGUGUGGAAUGAUAAGAAACUUCAACUCGGAAACUAUCGCUAUCUGCUACUUUAUUUUGCUCUGUUCAAUAUACUCACAUCGAUAAUGGAUAUGCUUGUGCCAAUGUGCGUUUUAAAUUAUCGCUAUGCGUUUUCAGUUUUUGUUUCCGAUGGAUUUUUUGAAGAGUAUUCCGAUUAUCAUCAGUUCAUUAUUGCGUUCCGAUGUAGUCUGAUUUCUGGAGCUUAUGCAGUUCUGCACUCCCACUUUUUGUAUAGGUUUUUUGUUUUGUUCAACAAUCAGUUUCUGACACGAUGGUUCAUGCCUUAUGGACUUCUCACUUCCAUAUUUUAUCUUAUUUUUCAUGUCAUUUUCUGGACUAUUUGUUGUUGGAAAUACAUUGGUGGAGACUAUGAUCGACGUCUAUACAUUCGUGAAUCAAUGUUUGAGCAUCAUGGAGUAGAUGUUAUGAAUAUUACUAUAAUCAUUGCUCAAUAUUUUGAAGGAACUCCAAAUGCCAUGCGAUUAUCAAGAAUUGGAAUUGGAUCUAUGUCAGUACUGUCUAUAAUUUCACUUGCUUUCAUUUUCUACUUCGGAUACAAAAUAUGCCACAAAUUAAGCAGUCAGAGUUCUGAUAUGAGUGAAAAAACUAAAAAACUUCAAACUCAAUUAAUGAAAGCUCUGACUGUUCAAGCAAUAAUUCCGACUUGUGUGAGUUUUGCGCCAUGCCUCUUUGCUUGGUAUCAACCAGUUUUUGGAUUGGAUUUGGGAAGAUGGAUUCAAUUUGCUGCUGGAAUUGCUGUGGCCACAUUUCCAGCCCUUGAUCCACUGGCUCUCAUUUAUUUUGUACCAACGUUCCGGAGAAAGUUUAUAGAAAAGUUGAUGUUUUUCAAGUUUACGAAAAAGAAUCAAACAGCGUGCUCUCAAGUAUCCAAUAUACAAGGGACCAGCGAAGGGACUCAAAAAUAAAUUAAAAUGCAUUGAUAUUUCUGAUAAAGCAGAUCAAUUAAAU